UAAUCAAUGCUAUGAAUCUAAUAUCAAACCUAACAUGAUAUCCCAUUAUUUUCUCUGAGGUCCAAGUCAAUCUACAAACAAACUAUACUGCUAUAGUGCUACUGCUCAUAGCAUCAAAAACAAGAUCGCAAAAUUUGCAAUGGUGAAGAAAGUGAAACAGAAUGGUUGCUCAUUUGAAGAAAUCCCGUCACCAAUCAUAUGGGAUAUUUUGUCAAGACUCCCAACUAAAGCAUGUUUGAUGUCUAAGCUUGUUUGCAAAGAUUGGUAUGGUAUCAUAACUGAUCCUGAGUUUGCUGAUUUCCGUCAUUCUCAUGGUUGCUAUUCUACUGUAUUGCUCCGUGGUAAUUUCCAUUGUAAGAGACGACAGUGUUUACUGCUGCUUGACUUAUUGCACCUUAAGAUUGAUGAAACGGGUAAUCUUGUUGUAAAUGCUGAUGAGAUGAUCAGGUUCAAGAUCGAUUUCAAAUUUGGAACUCACCAGUACUUCAAUCUUGUUAAUGAUUGCAAUGGAGUGAUCUUUUUAAAGUCUUCGAAAUCGGGUCCUUAUGUUGUAUGCAAUUUGCUAACAGGGCGAUAUCUGAUGGUUAAGAAAGCGAGUAGACCGCGUUAUUCUGUAGAGGGUGUGGGGUUGGGUUAUUGUCAUGUUUCGAAGCAAUUCAAAGUACUUCGAGCCCUUAAGUGUCAUGAUGGAGUAACGAUAAGUUGUAUAACGGAAAUACAAACAAUUGGUACCAAGAAAUGGAGGACUAUUAGUACUGAACCACUGGGUGAUUUGUUUUGGGAUGGUACUGUUUUCUUCAAGAACUCACUUCACAUCUACUCUAGAAACGAAAAGUGUAUAUUAUCAUUUCACUUUGGAUAUGAAAAGUUUGUGCGCAUUCCAUUACCCUAUGAAAUAAACCGCUACAAUGAUCGUUCCUCCCUUUGCAUUCUUGAUUCUUGCCUUUGUUUCAGUACUAUAUCCAAUACUGAUCAUCAAUGUGAGAUUUGGGCAAUGAAAGACUACGGAGUUAAAGAUUCAUGGGUGAAGGUAGCUGUUGUAAAACAUACUGAUAUUCCUAUAUCGUAUAAUUUUCCAUCGUAUAGUCUUCUAUCGUAUCAUCAUCCAUCGUAUAAUCGUCAAUGGUAUAUUCCUCUACUGCAAAUGGGUAGUGAGAAAGUAUUAUUGGCUUCUACAUAUAAUUGUUGGAGAUACCGUGGUCUUUCAGUCGUUGAUAUUGAAUCUGGAGAAUAUAAACGUAUAUCUGUUCUGGGAGUUCCUACUUUCAGCUUGUUGGCAUUGCAUCCAACGUUUUCCAAGUUACAAAAAUGCUCCAAGAAGUGAAACUUCAAGAUUAUUGCUAAUUUAUGCAUGUGGCGCAGACUUUUAGAUGGAAGGUUAAGAGUGGUUUUUAUACAUUUGCAUUGCUUUCUUAUAAAGAUUUGAUAAUAUCUUAUCCUGUAAUACACCACUUGUUAUUUUAAUUGUUCGGCUA